AUGCCACUUCCAAUAUACAAACAUGUGAGUUACUGAUUGGCUUUCGCUUCUGAUCAAUGAUAAUUUCAGCCAAACGAGGGCGAGGAGGAGAUGAAGAAGAGCUGGGUGCGCCACGAAAAACUGUGCGCCCAACUGGAGGCAUGUUCCUUGGACCUGAAGCAGAAUGAGGCUCAGAUGGACAUUCUGACGGCGACUGGCGGAGAAUUGAAGGAGAAGCACAAGAAGAUCCGGGGACUUUUGGACGAAGCGAAGGCCAACGGUAAGGAGGAAAAAGGGGUGGAAGAAUGAGAGAAAGGGGCUUUGCAGAUCAGCAGAAGGAGCUCGAGGAGCUGUCGAAGGAGAUUGAGAAUGUGGAGAGACAGACUCGCAUCUGGCUGAACGAACUGCACGACGUGCACGACAAACGAGUGGACAUUGACGUGAGUGGGUCGGCAGAUUACGGUAACCCAGGGACAUCGUUCCAGUGUCAAAUGAUCCGAUUAGGCGCCGAAGUGAAGAAGAACGAGACGUACGUGCAGCUGGCGUGCAUCGACAUCGAGAGAAUGGAGCUGCGUCACGAGAUCAGGUUCGUUCGGCUUUUCGUCCGCUUCUGUACUCGAAGAUUAGUUGCAGAUGGAAAAAAUUCCUGCAAAACAAUCCGUGCAAGUAA